AUGGUAAGCAACGAAUCGUCAGGUGAGAAUUUCUCAUCUGGCGACGCUUUAAGCCACAGCAAUGAAAAAAAUAAAUAUAAAUAUAAAUAUAAAAAUAAAAAAUAUGACAUGUAUCAUAAAUAUGAUCAGCAUAAGAGGGACACGUCCUCUUUUUCUUCUUCACAUUCUUUUAUAUCUAAUACCUCAAGAGUUAGGGAUGAAAGAAGGAAGAAAAAAAAAUACGAAGUAAAGAAAAGAUCAUAUCAUAAAAGAAAUGGAGAUGAUGAUAAUAAUCAUAGUGAUGAUAAUAAUUAUAGUGAUGAUAAUAAUCAUAGUGAUGAUAAUAAUUAUAGUGAUGAUAAUAAUUAUAGUGAUGAUAACAAUCAUAGUGGUGAUUCCAGUGAUAGGAGGAAAAAAAGGAAAGAUAAAAAAGAAAAGAAAAGAAAAGAAAAACAUAAAAGAGAUACUAAUGCUUUAGAUGAUCAUAUUAAGAAUAAAAAAGAAAAUAAUUUGACUGUAAAAGAAUUAAAAAAAGAAAGAGAAAAUUUAAUGAAAAAACAUUUUAAUUAUACAGAUGAAUGUAACCCUUUUGGUGAUAACACGUUAUCAACACCAUUUGUUUGGAAAUUGAAGAAUAAAUAUGAAAAAAUAAAGAACAAUAAAAAAAUAAAAUUAACAACGAACAGCCUUCUUGAAAAUUGUGUUUCUAAAAUUAAUGAGAUUGAACAAGUUAAGAAAAGAAGAGAAGAUAGAGAAAAAGAAAAACAGUUGAUAGAAGAUCAUCGUUUACAAAUUGAAAAACAAAAAAAUCAAAUUAAUAUAAAAGAAUAUAUGGAAAAAGAACAUCUCUUUUUUUUUAAUCAAGAAAUACAUUUUUCAAAUAAGAGGAUAAAACACAAAGAUAUACAACCAAUAGAUAUUUUUAGGACGGCCAUACAAAUAAUGAAAGGAGAAGAGGAUGUACAAAAAAGUGUGGGUAUUAAUAGCUACACCAUGCCCUUUAACAAGAUAUUAGAAGGUCUGAGAGAAAAAGAAUUAGUAAACUGCGAGAGACAAAUAAAAUUAUUUCAGAUCCAUGACAAAAUGUUUUAUGAAGAAAAGUAUGAAAAAUUUUGGAAUGCACUUUUAUUUUUUUGUAAAUAUUAUUUAGAUAAGAUCCAGUUAAAGGAAAAAGAAAACAAUUCUAUAGAUGAUAAUACAGACAUUAAAAUAGAAUCCUUUUUUCUUAAUAAAACAUAUGAUGAAUUAGUAAAAUAUGAAUAUAAAAUAAAAGAAAAGAUACUUAUGGAAGAAUCAACGGAUAAAGAUGUGAAUUAUUGGAAUAUGAUAUUGUGUAAAAUACCAUAUUAUAAAUCUAAAUAUAUAUUGAAAUGUUUUCAAGAAAAAUUACAAAACGUGUUGAACAAAAUUAAUAACACUAUUGAGGACUCUCACAGGGAAGAAGUAAAGAGCUCAAGGAAAGAUAUUAGAUUAACCGAAGAGAAACAAGAAAAGAUAGCUUACCACUGUGACAGUCCCACAUUAUAUGAUCUAAAUAUUCUUGAGAAAAAUGAGAAUGAAAAGGUAUAUAAUUCAGAGAACGAAUUAAAAGAAAGGAAAAAAAUAUAUGAAAAUAUUUUGAUAAAAUUGAAAGACAGAGAAGAAGAUGCUUUAUCUAUCCUUAGUUACGUAAAGGAUGGUUAUAAUAAAGACACGGAAUUAAAAGAUGAAGAUUAUGGUGAAUAUAAAGAUGAUGUUAUGAAUGAUACUGAAAGAUGCUUUCCUUUUGAAUCUCUUACAGAAGAUUUGAAAAAGAAGGACAACUUAAAUAAUUUGUUUAAGGAAGAUAAAAAAAUGUAUGAUAUUUUUGUACAAAAAGAAAAAAAAAAAAAAAUAAAAGAUGAAAUAAUUAUGAAAGAUAUACCACAUAAUAUUCUAAAAACAGCAACAUUAUUAAAAGAUACUUUAUUUGUAGCAAGAAAACCAUUAUAUUUUAAUAGAAUAAAAACAAGUUUCGAUUGGAAUAAAUAUAAUAAAACACAUUAUGAUUAUGAAAAUACACCUCCUAAAUAUAUAUGUGGUUAUAAAUUUAAUAUUUUUUAUACAAAUCUUAUAAAUAAAAAUCAUAAACCUACAUGGAAACUAUACCCUUCAAAAGGUGAUGAUACUAAAGUUAUUAUUAUAUUUCAUGGGGGCAUACCUUAUUUAGAUAUAGCUUUUAAAAUUGUUAAUGCAGAAUGGUCUCUAGAUAAAAAUAAAGGUUUCAGAAAUAUAUUCGAUCGAGGUAUCUUACAAUUAUAUUUUAAUUUUAAGAAAAAAAGAUACAGGAGAUAA